AUGAAAAGGAAAAGCUUAAGUUUGGAUCACAUUGCUGCCGAUCGGGCGCUAAGGAAUGAGCAGGACCGGGAGUAUCGCGAAUCACUGGAGAUCGACAAGGCGAAGCGGAAGGAGCGCCUGGAUAAAGAGCGACAACAGCAAGAGUUCGAGUUCCGCACACAACAGCGGCUUUACAUCAUCACCUGCUUCCGCGCAACGCUGAACCCGGAUGACUAUCAGCAGAGCCCCGCCAAAUCGGUCGUCAUCCAGAUCCGGUUCCCAGGCGGAGAACGACUGAUCACCUCGUUCGCUCCGGAGGAUCGCAUUGAAAAACUCUUCGAAGCCGCUCACCUGCACCCGGAUUGCCCAUUCUUUUUCAAACUUCACGCCUCCUAUCCGCGAAAGGAGCUGCACGCGAUUCCCUUCUGGUCGCAGAACAUUGCCGCUGCUCAUCAGGGUGAUGCUCCUGGUCUUCCGCCACCGGAGAAUCAGAUCAAAAUGAGCCCCGAAAUGGAGAAGCGGCCGUGGCUGCAGUCGUUCGGUGAAGCAGGACUGAAAGGGAGGACCGUCGUGCUUCUCGAAGCUAUCGAC